AUCACGGCACUGGGAGGUCGUAUUUUGUCGCGUUCCCUUCGUAUAUAUUUUUUCCAACCAAUGGUGGAGAAAUUUUUCACCAUACGAAUAUAUUUUCGUGUUUACAUCAAUGUUGAUGGAGUGACAAACGUUUCACGGGAGUGAUAUUUUUCGGUUGCAAUUAGUGAAUUGUGUGAUUGAGGAAGCACGCAUUAAUUCAGUGUUACGAAGAUAAGAAUACUGAAAACCUGGUCUUCUAUACCUACACAUACGCAUGAUGAGCUACCCACACUGAGGUCCUCUUCCAUUCUACGUGAAUGCUAGCAAUGUACACUCAAACUAGCGUUGGCAGAAAACAUUUAAACUUCGACAGAAAAAAAAUGCUUUUUGGUAUUCUGAAGAGUGAAAUGAACAAAUAGAAGCACCUUUUUCAAAAGCUUUAAAAUGCUUCCAUGUAUGAGAGCAGACAGGUUGAGAUUGUACUCAAAAAAACCUAAACGAUGUCAACGGGGAUCGAACAAAGGCCAGCUGGAAUGCAAGACUGUUCUACAUCACCACGCUAUCCACAUAGUCACCGGUGUUGUUGGGAUAUUCCACGGCCACACCAGUGAAAUAAUACACAAACAGCAGCAGCAGCAGUAGCAGUCAAAGCACGAGGAGCGUGCAUAAGGACGGGAUAUUUUUCACGUUUCUGGUUUCGUUCGCAGUGCGCUCGUUUAAGCGUUCGGUUGGAUCCGUGCUUUUCAGAUAGGUAGUACGAAAAGUGGUCCCCCAUUUACUACGCCUAGUCGAAGCACAGUGUAUUUGUUUAUUUACCAGCAGCGAAGACGUUGCUGCCUUUGGCUGAAAGAUUCUUCUAACUCCACGGAGAAAAAAAAUCAGCACCUGGGUUUUGCUCGAAGGAGAAUUGAUGCAAAUCGUUACGAACGGACACUGUUUGAUAACGAUUGAGCAGUGUUUACUACAGCACAAAUGGGCGAUGAAAUCUGACCCCGAGUGUUUUGUGAAAUGAUUGCAUAAGUUCUUUCAUAAGCAGCAGCAUAAUAUUGCAUAAAAGUGCGGAAAAUAAUCGAGUGGCGAAGUGAAAAAAUCAAUGAUAUUGUGCUUGCGUUGAAAGUUGUUCCCAGAAUUUGGAAGUGUUGAUAGUAUUCGUCAGUCACAGGAUUAUAAAUUUUAUUUUGAGUGUUCAACGAAAGCAUACCUGUGAUUGUGUGGUUUGUGUUGAGUUUGAAUGUUGAAAAUGUCUUCGAUUUCCGCUCAAGGUGUAGUUGAGCGUGCCUCGGCCGAGCUUUCGAAACGUAUCAACGGCCUUGGGCUACGCUCAAAGCAUCACCACAGCAGCGGAAACAGCAAAUCUGGUGAGAAAACAAGUGUGAUGGAACGCGUCACAAAUGUGCUUUGUGGUGGUUCCAGCAGUAACAACCCGUCUCAGUCAGUCAACGCGGGAAGUGCACCGGAAAAACCGUCGCGAAUAUCAGGAAGUACCACUAGCAAUAUGCCAAACAGUGGGAAAGGAAUAAUGAGUAGUAAAUCACAGUCCAGCACGCCGCAAACUAUCCGCAAAAUUUCACACCAUCAGCAUCACAGUGGUAACAGCAACGUGAAUCACCAUGGACCAAAUUUACACAGUAGCAAAAUGAUCGCAGCCGCUUCACCACUUCCACAAAUAUCCACUAUUGAACAGUUGCUUCAAGAUGAGCGUUUCCUCAACCGCUUUUUCCUGUACUUUUCUUCGUACGAACGGUGCGCGCUGGCACAGGUUUGUCAAAAGUGGCGCGACAUGCUGUAUCGUUCACCACGCUACUGGAGUGGACUUGUUCCUGUACUGCAGUGUAGAGAGCUCCGUCAAACCACAAACCAGGAUCGGGUGAAGCUGUAUAAUUCACUGAUACGUCGCAGUUUCCAUGCCAUCUGCCUCAUGGGAGCCACUGACGAGGAUGCACUGGAUCUGGUCCAUUCUUUUCCCCUCGCUUCGAAGCACGUCCAUUCCCUAAGCUUGCGCUGUUCUUCUAUCAGUGACCGAGGAUUGGAGGCCCUCCUGGAUCACUUACAGUCGCUUUUCGAGCUGGAACUCGCCGGAUGUAAUGAAAUUACCGAAGCUGGACUCUGGGCCUGCCUAACGCCUCGGAUAGUUUCCCUUUCGCUGGCAGACUGCAUAAACGUGGCCGAUGAAGCGGUAGGAGCCGUAGCACAACUGUUGCCUUCAUUAUACGAAUUCUCGCUGCAGGCAUACCACGUAACGGAUGCAGCACUUGGAUACUUUUCUCCGAAGCAAAGUCAUAGUUUAAGCAUCUUGCGAUUACAGUCCUGCUGGGAGCUAACGAAUCACGGUGUUGUAAAUAUUGUGCACUCGCUGCCACAUUUAACAGUAUUAUCGCUAUCCGGUUGCAGUAAAGUGACGGACGAUGGCGUUGAGCUAAUCGCAGAGAACCUACAGAAGCUUCGUGCCCUCGAUCUAUCCUGGUGCCCGCGGAUAACGGACGCGGCCCUCGAGUAUAUUGCCUGUGAUUUAAACCAGCUAGAAGAACUGACCCUCGAUCGCUGCGUUCACAUUACCGACAUUGGAGUCGGUUACAUCUCAACGAUGCUGUCGCUGUCGGCGCUGUUUCUGCGCUGGUGCACCCAGAUUCGUGAUUUUGGCCUGCAACAUUUGUGUUCGAUGCGCAACCUCCAAGUACUCUCGCUCGCUGGCUGUCCCCUACUGACCUCCUCGGGCCUCUCAAGCCUGAUACAGUUGCGCCAUCUACAGGAACUAGAACUUACAAACUGUCCCGGGGCAUCACAAGAGCUUUUCGACUAUCUAAGAGAACAUUUGCCACGUUGUUUAUUGAUUGAAUAAUUAAUUGGUCAAUGUUUCAGUUGUUCGGAGACAAACAGUUGUUUAGUUGUAAUUCAUCUGUGAAGAUACGGUGCGAUUAGCUGUUCAAUAAUCAACUAAGUCGAUGGAACGAUAGUGGGAAUAAUAAGCAAGUAACCUUACCUGAAGCAAGCAAAUAAAGGCUAAACCCAACAAGAAUACAAGUGAUUAGGUAUAAGUUGACAAAAGAAGUAACGUGAAGCUAUGUCGGAAAGAUUCCAUUUCGAUGUGCUGUUACAUUAUGUGUUUGAAAGUUUUACUUUUGGGGCUUCGUUAUGCUGAACUGAUUCACAAUGGCACUGCAAUAUUUUCCGUGAAACAAUUUUCAAAAUAAAUAGGUAUUCUAUGCACUUUUCUCGUGCACAAUUA